AUGGUAAAGAGAGUUGCAAUCAUUGGUGCUGGGUCCUGUGGCCUCCCUGCCAUUAAGUGUUGUCUGGAUGAGGGGCUUGAGCCCACCUGCUUUGAGCAGAACGAUGAUGUCGGAGGACUCUGGAAAUUUCAGGAUAAAUCUAUCGAGGGAAGGGCCAGCAUAUAUAAAUCUCUGACAAUUAACACAUCUAAGGAGAUGAUGGCCUUUAGUGAUUUCCCUGUCCCAGAAGAUUAUCCGAACUACAUGCACAAUAGCCAAGUAAUGGAUUACUUCCAGGCAUAUGCCACGAACUUUGGACUGCUGCCAUAUAUAUGUUUUAAGACCACUGUCCUCAGUGUGACAAAACAACCAGAUUUCUCUAUCACUGGUCAAUGGAAUGUCAUCACUGAGUCUUCUGGGGAGAAGGAAUCAUCUGUCUUCGAUGCUGUUUUGGUUUGCACUGGUCAUCAUGUUGAUCCUUACCUACCUCUGUCAUUUUUUCCAGGUAUAAGAAAAUUCAAAGGGCAAAUCUUGCACAGCUGGAAAUAUAAACAGCCUGAAAAUUUCAGAGACAAAAGAGUGGUUAUGAUUGGGCUGGGAAACUCUGGAGCAGAUAUCACUGUGGAUCUCAGCCAUGCCGUGAAAAAGAUUUUCCUCAGCACCAGGUCAGGAUCAUGGGUGCUCAGUCGUGUUGCGGAUAAUGGCUACCCAUUGGAUGUUACAUACUUUACUCGCUUCAAAAAUAUCAUCCGUCAUGUUACCCCCUUGUGCCUACUGAAUAGGUGGGGAGAAAAAAAACUGAAUGCGAGAUUCAACCAUGCAAACUAUGGCCUGAAGCCUUCCCACAGGUUCCUCAGUAAGUAUCCUAUCGUGGGUGAUGACCUUCCCAAUGCUAUCAUCUCUGGCCGGAUCGCUGUGAAGCCCAACGUGAAGGAGUUUACUGAAACCGCUGUGAUUUUUGAAGAUGGUACCAAGGAAGAUAAUAUUGAUGCUGUCAUCUUUGCAACGGGUUACUCCUUCUCUUUCCCAUUUCUCGAGGAAUCUGUCAUCAAAAUCAAGAACAACCACAUCUCCCUUUACAAACAUGUCUUCCCUCCAUUUCUGGAAAAGCCAACACUGGCUAUAAUUGGCCUUCUCCAGCCUCUGGGGGCCAUCAUGCCAAUUGCGGAGCUGCAGGUCCGAGGGGCUACUCGAGUCUUUAAGGGUUUGAUCAAACUCCCUCCUGAAGAUGUUAUGAUGGCUGAUGUUAUCCAAAAGAUAAAAGAAAAUGAGAAAAGGUAUGUGCCUAGUAAAAACAUCAACUUGCAAGUGGAAUAUAUCGAGUACAUGGAUGAAAUUUCCAGCUUCUGUGGAGUCAAGCCCAACGUGCUGUCGCUAUUCCUCAGAGAUCCAAAACUGGCUUGGGAAGUCUUCUUUGGUCCAUGUACACCAAUCCAAUUCCGCCUCGUGGGACCAGGGAAGUGGGAUCAAGCCCGGGAGGCUAUUCUAUCCCAGAGAAAAAGGAUCAUCAAAGCAACAAAGACCAGGGAUCCUCCUAACAACAUCAAGGAAAACCCUUGGUCUUUGGGCUUCCCGUUUUUGGGAACUCUGUGGUUCUUGGCAUUUUUCAUGGCAAUUUUUGUCUAUUUGUAA